AUGGCGUGCCACGUUCCCACCGCGCCUCGCGUCUCACACCUGCAGCUCACCGUCAGCCGUCACAGCGCGCGCAUUCAACCGCCGUCAUCACUCGCUGCGACCAGCGGCUCCACUCGCCAGGCAUCGCUUGCACCCCGGCGCGCGCGCACGCGGCGACGAGCAGUGGCGGCGAGCGCGGUCGCGUCGCCGCACGGCGAGGAGCGGUGGCGCGGGGAGGGACGACAGGCGGGCGUGGCGCUGCUGGUGGACGUGGAAGGGGUAAUGGUGGACCUGCAUCGCAACGGGCACAUGGAAGCCCUCAAUUCAGCCCUGUCGUCGCUGGCGUUUGACGCGCACCGCCUCUCCCCCUCGCGCUACAGAGACCUCCACAGGAAGUGUGCAGGAAAUUUCGAGCUGCUGCUCUCCACGCACUUCAAUGCUUCAGCGUGGCCCAUCCCCUCCUUGGACGCACAGGCCAAGCACGCACUGCUGCAGCGCCUGCUCAACCUCAAGGAGCAGGCCUUGUCGCGUGCACUGCAGCAGGGAUCAGUGCCGCUGCGGCCCGGACUCGUGGACUUUCUACAGGACGCGGUGACAGCUGGAGUACACGUGGCAGUGCUGGCAGGGCUGGCACGGAGUGGGGAGGACACGGCGAGGGGCGUGCUGAGGGGCAUGCCAGCGGCGCUGCAGCAGCGGGUGCACGUGGUGGGCGAGAGGGAGGCGAGGGAGAGUGCGUUCGGGCAGGUGGUGCUGGGAGGAGGGGCGUCAGCAGGCGUGGAUGAGGCACUGGCUGCGCACAUGGCUCAGGCUGUGUUGGUGGAGAAGAGGCGAAUAGCGGAGGAGGUGGCGCGCACGCUCAAGCUCACAGUGGACCUAGACAUCCCGUCUGAGUCACAGGAGGGUGUAGCCAUGCUGCGAGCAGCAGCGGAGGUGGUGGGGGUGCCGGCGGCAGCGUGUGUGGUGCUGGCGGGGUGUCAGGGCACGGUGCAAAUGGCGGGGCGAGUGGGCAUGACUGCAUGUGUUGUUCGCAGCAGGUGCGCCCUGCCAUGCACUCACGGCCCUGCCAUGCACAUCACCUCUGCUUCUCCCCUGCCUAUCAUUCCUGUUCCCUCUCCGCACACCACACUCAACACACAUGGACCUUCAUUCACGUUCCACCCAAUAUACUCCUUGUCCUCCCCACUCCUCCCAUGCCCCUAUGUGUGCUCCUACUUGCACACUACCCCCCCUCGUGCAUGCGUGGCCGUCCGCCAGCAUGACAUCAGGGGCGGAGUUCAGAGGAGUGCGAGCAGUGUUUGA